AUGUUAAUCUGGGAAUUACUUCAAAGCAAUAAAAAUUUUAUUAAUAUUAUCGGCAAGAAGUACAUUCUGGAAUUGAUGGUUAUUUUGUUAUAUUAUGUGUUUACUUAUCAUGGAAAAGCACAAUACAAAAACUUGGUCUUUGUAUGUGCUUAUUUAUUAUUAUACUUGUCUUCCAUCCAAGAUAAUGGAUUCUUGGACCUUUUGUUUAAAUCUUUUACAUCAUCACCUUCACAAUUUGACUUCUACAAUUCAUUACCAUCCAAUUACAAACUAUCCAUUACUCCAAUAACGACUCGAGAUUUCUUGGUAAGUCAAAUAUGUACUAUACUUUUGAAUGAUCCAACGUGUCUGGCGCAAUCGUCUGGAUCUUCCUACAUUUCAAAUUCAGUUGCUUUACCAGAGCUAUUAUUAAAAACAUUGAUUGAAAUAUUGUACAAUUUAAUACCACCAGUGUGCAGUGAAAACGAUAGCACAAUACUAACCAACGAUAGAACCAAGAAACUCAGCAAUCCCAACCUCAGAGGUGGUUUGUCAUAUCAAGCAUCAUCAUUGAUAACCCAAGUAAUUGCUACCUUGAGCAAACGAGAGUUUAUAUUAGAAAAAUCAUUUCAUGCAGAUAUUGUUGCUUUGUUAAUUAGAGCUGUUAGUGCCGCGGUAUUGAAAUAUCCAGCACCAUCACGAAUGUUGUUGUUUAGCAUGUUGAAGAAUGAAAAAAUAUAUGACGAAUUAUGGAACACCAUAUUCAGUUUUUCAGGGGUAUUUUUCAGAGGGAAUUCUUUAACGAAAAUUGAUGAUAAAAUUGAAGAACAAUCAAUUAGCCUGGAAAAUGAAUCGGUUGAUGGACAAAAGUACUUCAGUGGUAAUCGUAAUAGCAGUGAUUAUUCUACCGUUAAAGCUAUUCCUAUCCCAACAAACAGAUAUGAAGAACCAUUGAAUGAUACAAUGUCAGAAACUGAAAGUAUAGAAGCUUCAUUGAGACCAUCAUUACCUACCGGUAUGUCUGCUAAAGCAAGGGAGAAGAUGAAAAAGGACAGUCCAUUAGGGAAAACGUGGGCUGGUAAUGACUCACUUGCAAUCAUUUUAACUAUCGUCAUUCCCUAUUUAAAAGUUGUAUUAAAUGAAGUUUGGUCCCGUGUACAGGGUUCAAGUGUGGACAGCUUUGAAUUAAUUCAACGUAUUGCGAAUGCCGAUUUUGCACAAGUAAUAGAAGAGAAUAAAUCACAAAUUCCAUACGAUCUCCUUCCCGGCACCCCUAUUGACUUGUUGAAAUUCAAUUGGAACCAUCUAUCUUUGGGUUGGUAUAUUUCUUUGCUUUAUGGACAAAUUUAUAAUUCAGGGGAGAUCGCCAAGGAGUAUUCAGGAACCAAUACCAACAAUUAUAAAAUUGUUAAAAACAUAACAAGCAAACUUACACUGAACUGGACAAAUUUUUUAAAACUUGACAAUACUAACGGAAAUGAUUCUGCGACGAAUAUGGAUGAGGCUUUAGAAUGGGUGAAUAAUUCAUUAACCAAUGUCAAUUGUUGGUCGGACACCAAUAUUAAGCUAUUCAAAGUGGAAAACACUGAAAAUAAUAGUUUCUUUGCCAGUUUGAAUUCUCGACUCAAUGGCUAUGGCCAAAACAACGGAACACUACCAGGAAAACGACCAUAUAGUCAAGCCAUUCCAUCCACCCCUGGAAGUUUGAACGAUUUAACCAGACGAUUUAGUGAUUUCCGAUUCAAUAGCUCUCCAAAUGUUAGAUCAGUAGGUGCUUCACCAUUACCAUCAGGAUUGUCUACACCCAUAGAAGAACAAGAAAUGUACUUUCAAAGAAGACCCUAUAGAAACUCCGUUACAAGUUUGCAUUCCUUAAAUACAUUGAAUAGAAGUAGAAGUAAUACUAGAAGUAACACUCCUAGAAAUUCAAUGAGUUAG